AUGAAAAUGCUUGAUGAAAUCAAAUAAUAGGUAGAAAAAGAAAUGAAAAAGUUUGAUCCUCGAUUGGCAGAAAAGAAGUAUUUGAAGAUUACUUAAUCAAUUAAGGAUUUGUUUCUUAAAGCAGUUGUUAGUGAAAAAUAAACUAUUAAAGCUGUAUAUACAAAUUUGAAAUAAGGCUGCUCAUUCUAUUGGUAUCAAUUACUCUUCAGCCAAAGCCAUUUGGGCUGAAUUCAGAACCAAAUAAAAAAUGAAGAAGAGCAAGAAAGUUAAUGGACAAGAUAAAUAACCAUCCUCAGAAGUUAUGAAAAGAUGUCAAUACAAAAUUCUAAAUGGUUGUAAUAAGAUUAAGAAACUAUUUAUGGAAAUCAAAUCUUCAGUUGCAUAGCGUAUGAAUUCUACAUACAUGAUUUCCUUAGAGUAGCAUAUAUGA